GCAAAAACAGCACCUGCAUUCUGGCAUUCAUGGUGACACAUUCAUGGGCUCGGAGCGGCUGGAGAUGCGCAAGAGGCAGCAGAUGCAGGUGCACCAGGAAGCCGCCGCCAGCGUCCUCCACGCCCGCCACAGGAUGGGCAACGCCCCCGGCAACGCCUCCAACGCCUGCUGCUUCUGCUGGUGCUGCUGCUGCAGCUGCUCCUGUUUAACUGUCAGAGGCGAGGACGAGACAAUCCAGAGGUCCACUUGUGAUCGCAGGACCGAUGGCGCCAAUAACUGCGAAGAAAGCCCCAAGCCCACGCCGGAGGACGCUCGUUCCUGGACCACGUCGUUCGAGAAGGUGAUGAAGAGCGCGGCGGGGCGCGGCUGCUUUCGCCAGUUCCUGCGCACCGAGUUCAGCGAGGAGAACAUGAUGUUCUGGCUGGCCUGCGAGGAGCUCAAGAAGGAGACCAACAAGACGGUGGUGGAGGACAAAGUACGGCAAAUAUACGAGGACUUCAUCUCCAUCCUUUCCCCGAAGGAGGUCAGCCUGGACUCGCGCGUGCGCGACGUGAUCAACCGCAACAUGCUGGAGCCCACUUCGCACACCUUUGACGACGCCCAGCAGCAGAUCUACACGCUGAUGCAGAGAGACUCGUACCCCCGCUACAUCAACUCCGCCGCCUACACAGAUCUGCUCAAGAGCCUGGAGGAGCCGCCGCCGAUGCCGCCACCUCCGAAGCCGUAGAAGACUUAUUAAUUAUUUCGCUUUAAAGAAUCCGCAUGCGUCCCGAGCAGAAGGGGUUCCGGUUGUACGUCCCUCAUCCACGGUUAGCCCGCAAAUGUCUAUUUUUCUACACACCCUAGCGCUUGACGUUGCACUUUUCUACCUAGUUUCCAGGAGGGGCCGGCACGUCUGCUGCAUUUCGCUGUGUUUUAGGUCUAUCGUGAGCCUUCAAAACAUAGGAACUUUUCAUUGUGACACCAAUUUAAAAGACGGAAAGUGCCUUUGGGGAAAGACUUUCUACACAGGGCACAUUUCGACUACAUUGGGACAGGUGCCACAUUUGACUUUGGUGCUUUUCAGCUCUUCUCCACCUUUCAUACCUGGAAAAAAUACAAAUAAUACAGAUAAUGUUAUAUGAAAUUGUUGUACCCCUCUGUUGAUGAAAGAAACACCCACAGUGGUCACGAAAAUAACUUGAA